CUUUUCCUACACAUAUUUACUUUCCCGUAUUCCCAGACCCAAGAUCCUAGACUUGAUUGGAUGUGGGAAGAGUUUAAAUAUAUGUACAAUAAAGAAUAUGCCACUGAGAGAAAGGAGGCAUAUCACAGACAAAUCUGGGAGAGAAACCUAAAUGAUAUCAAUAAACACAACUUUAGGUUCACGUUGGGAUUUGAAACCUACACAAUGAGAAUGAACAGCAUGGGGGAUUGGGAAACAAUUGAAGAAUCUUCUAGGGACAUUUCAGGUAAAUUAUUCCAUACUCCAGACAAUAAAAAAGGCUUCCAUAUAUAUAAUAACACCAAGCUUCCAAUAUCAAUUGACUGGAUUGAAAAAGGAUAUGUUACAAAAGUCCGCUCUCAGGGAGACUGUGGUUCCUGCUGGGCAUUUAGCGCACUCGGUGCAUUGGAAGGACUGAUUAAAAAACAAAUAAACAUACUUGUGGAACUCAGUGCUCAGCAAUUAGUGGACUGUUCUUUAUUAAAUAAUGGCUGUCAGGGUGGAACUGUAACAGAUGCAUUCAAGUACGUCAUAAACCGUGGCAUUUCAUUAGAGUCCAACUACCAUUAUACAGGGAAGGUAGCCUCCUGCUCCAGGAUUCCUAAAAAUCAAUUGUUUCCUUGCUCAGGCUAUGUCAAGAUUCCAUUUGGUGAUGAAAUGGCUCUUCAAGAUGCACUUGCUAAUAUUGGACCCAUAUCUGUUUCAAUUGAUACCUCUCCUAAGGGAUUUCAAUUCUAUCACAGUGGAAUUUACUACAAUAAAGACUGCAGUACAAGACCAGACCAUUGUGCUUUGUUGGUGGGGUAUGGCACUUAUGAUGGAGAAGACUAUUGGAUUGUUAAAAACAGCUGGGGUGAAGACUUUGGAGAAGGUGGCUAUAUUCUAAUCGCACGACACAAAAACAACCACUGUGGAAUUGCUUCUCGUGCCAUAUACCCAGUUUAAUGAUGGCAGACUGUUUCAAGAGAGGCACCACAUUCCUAGACUUCAUAAGCAGAAAUCCACGAUUGCCUUAUAACAUGAUGUUUUUGAAUCUGCUAUAAAUUCAAAUGAAUAUAUUUGAAGAAUAUAA